AUGGCUACUUGGGAGACGGACAUGCGAGCCUACAUGAACGAGACCUUCCUUUUGGAGUUCACAUUUCCUCAUACCCUGGCUACUGAAGUGUUUACGGACACUGAACCUGUGGCUCGUGCAAUUCGACGACGUGGACUUCACGCUGGAGACAGUCUGACCCUGAGUUCAGGUUGGGACCUUCGUUUGCAGAAAGACCAGAUUGCUGCUUUUGAAGUCUUGAAGAGAACAAAACCCUAUGUUGUUGUUCUGGCAUUUCCUUGCGGCCCUUGGUCUUCACUUCAGUUCCUGAACCCAGCCGCCAAUUUGGCUGGGAUGCGAGAAGAGGCAUUGAGUUUGAUAGCUUUCGCACUUCGUGUGGCAGAGUUUCAAGUGGCCCACGGCCGGCACUAUGUCAUGGAGAACCCUCGGAACUCGAUGGCUUGGCGCCUUCCUACUUUGCAGGACUUUGUGCUUCGCACUCAUUCAUUGGAGGUGGUCUUGGACAUGUGUUGUUUCAAUUUACGUGCCCCAGACGGCCUUCUACACAAGAAACCAACAAAGCUCCUCACUUCCAUGCAGGCAGUGGUGAGCGCCUUUUUGAACUGCAGCUGUGAAGGAGAUCACAACCAUGCGCCCGUGAUGGGCGGUAGCAAGAUCACCGCCGCAGCUGGACACUAUACCUCUGAGUUCUCUGACGCCCUUGUCGAGGCCUUUUUGGAACAGUAUGACUUCGAGAAAGUAGUGCUCUUCAGCCCAGACUCAUCUCCUGAAGGUGGGACUGAAGUGUUUUUGACUGAGAAUGAGGCCUUUGCUGCUGACAGAGACGACGAUAUGGAAUCAGAAGGCUCUGAUGAGGAGGAACUGGUCAAAGACGAUGCCAAAGUUCUCAUUUCGCCUGCCAUCAAGAAUGCGGUCUACCGUCUUCAUGUGAAUACAGGGCAUAGAUCCAACCAACGCUUGGCUCGUGCCUUGUUGGUGGCAGGUGCACCCCAUGAUGCUGUCUUGGCAGCAAAGCGGCUGAAGUGCUCAGUGUGUCGUGAACGACAGCCUCCCAAGCCUCGACUACCAGCUUCACUGCCUCCACCACGUGAAGUGGGACAACAGGUGCACGUUGACUUGUUGCAAAUUGAAGAUUCUUUGAAGAGGCCACAUUGGAUAGCUCAUGCGACGGACAACGUGUCGCGGUUUCAGGCGGCUCGUGUUCUGGAAGACAAAUCCUCAUCGGCCUGCAUUGAGUUCUUGACCGUGCACUGGAUUGGACUCAUGGGUUUCCCACACACUUUGGUGGCAGACCAAGGCCGUGAAUUCAUCAGUGCUGAGUUCUGCGAUUGGUGUGAUAGCAAGUCCAUUUACCUCUACCACUGCGGUGUCGGUGCGCCUUGGCAGAACGGUAUCGCUGAGCGCAGCGGAGCUACGUUGAGAGCCUUGACUUCAGCCAUUUGCCAGACUCAUGCUGUCUCCACCUACGAGGAGAUGCAAUGCGCAGUGAGCGAAGGGGUCGCUGCUUACAACAACGAUGUGAACGAGAGCGGUGUCUCCCCUCAGCAGAUGGUGACCGGGAAGAACACCCGAUCGCAAGGCGACGUGUUGGCUGAGUUCGGCAACCACUUAGCUGAGCACUCACUCUUGGAGUGCCCAGUGGAGCAUGUGAGAAAGGCAUCCUCGCUUGAAAGCAUUGCUUCUGGCUCUUGGGAGGCAGCAAUUGAAGAGGUGAUCUCUGCAGCGCAGAAUGAUGCUGUGAAUCGAGAGGAUGAGCAAGAUGUUGAACCACUUCCUGAAGAUGAACGUCCCUUGCCCGUUGUAGCUACCUCUUCUCCUUUGACUCCAGCUGAGGUGGUUGCUGCUAUUUCACCUCCAGCUCAAGCACCUAGCAGAGAUGCUCCUUCAGCCGUUGGGUCAGGCAUUGCCACACCACUACCCGAAGGUGUAGCUCAAGCUGUUCAACGGACACCUUUCCCUCAAGCAACAGCUAAAGCCUUGGCUCGCACUCUCGAGCGGGCACGGGAAUUUGAUGAAGGGGAACGUGGAACAAAAAGACCAGCAGAAGAUGACCUUCCUCGUGAAGAUGCUUUUGCUAGGCCUUCAACGUCAGGUGAACUUCGGCCUUCAGAAGCGACAGCCUUUGAAGCUCUUGUCUUGGACAGAGAAAAUCCUCCAACCAUCGGAACCAUCACUCGAGUCAAUAGCUUGAUCAGGGAGUUCAAACGCACUGGAGACUUUGAGCUUGUUUUCCGGCCGGUAGACUAUCGGACAGCAGGAAUUGUAGCCAUCUCCGAUGCUGCCUUGGGCAACGUUCAGCGCAGCGGUGCUGGCAUUGGCUCGCCUCUUGAGAAGGUUUAUUCCCAAGCUGGAUAUGUAAUCCUUCUCGGAGACAAAGAUUUGGUUCGAGGUCAACAUGGAAGGUUCAACAUUAUUGACUGUCGAUCUCAUCGGAUCAGUCGAGUUUGUCGCUCUACAUACUCAGCUGAAACUCUCUCAGCGGAAGAGUCCAUAGACGUUGGGCAGCUGUGUCGUGGCUUCCUUGCUAGCUUGUGGGGAAAGAAUGUCAUCGGCAAGGCUGCAGACCGUGCCAUGGAUAGCGUUUGGUUCACUGCCGUGGUUGACGCCAAGGAUGUCCAUGACAAAGGGAACAGUGACACACCAUCCUUCGGGAGUCAGAAAUCACUGGCUUUCACUAUAGGUUGGCUGAGAGCUAUUCUUCGUCGACCUCACACUGCUCUCAAGUGGACAGCCACGUCCAAUAUGUGGAUCGAUGCCUUGACCAAGGAUAUGGACUUGACGCACGUACGUCGAAUCAUGUCUGCUGGAGAGUGGUCGGUUAGCUAUAGCCCAGAGUUUGUGAGGCAAGUUUCAAAGACCAAAAAGGCUAAGCCCAGUGAUGACCCAGCAAGCGCUGAACUUCCUGGUGAGCGCCUGAACGGCGAUGACCCUUUGCUUCCGCAUUUAGCUCGGUUGGCUGAUCGAAAAGGUUUAGUGCAGUUGAUUUGCCCCUCAGGAGCUCUUUUGGCCGAUUUUGUGUGA